AUUCCCUCUUGUAUUUCUCAUGAAUUUUGGAUUUGUUUUAGGUUUUUAUUGUUGGGAUUGGAGUUUUUUAACCGCUCUUUUGUUAUUCUCCAUUUCAAAUUAAUCGUCAUUCAUCUUUUUUUUAUUUAUUGAUAACCUUAGCGUUUACUAUACGAGCAACGUAAUUUUUUGAAUGGGAGAAUUAGGGGAUGAAUGUGAAAGGAAUUUGUUAGAGUAUGUAAGGAAGGCAUCAACAUCACCAUUCUUGCUAAAAACAUACAUGUUGGUGGAGGAUCCGGCGACGGAUGACGUCAUUUCUUGGAAUUCCGAUGGAUCGGCGUUUAUAGUCCGGCAGCCGGCGGAGUUUGCUAGAGAUUUGCUUCCAACACUUUUCAAACAUAGCAACUUUUCUAGCUUUGUCCGGCAGCUUAAUACCUAUGGUUUUCGUAAAAUUACAACAAGUCAGUGGGAGUUUAGCAACGACUUGUUUCGCAAGGGAGACAAGAAUUUAUUAUGUGAUAUUCGUCGAAAAAAAGCAUGGACAAACAAACAACAACCUAACAAAAACAACAGGAAAGAAAGUGAAGAUGAAGAUCAAAAGUCAUCAUCUUCAGCUUAUAAUUCUUCAUCAUCAUUUGAGUACAAUAGCCUUGUUGAUGAGAAUAAAAGGCUCAAAAUGGAAAAUGGAGAACUAAGCUAUGAGCUUUCACUAGUAAAUAAGAAAUGCAAAGAGCUUAUUGAUCUAGUGGCCAUUUUGUCAAAAAAAUCAAAAGAAGAAGAAAAAAAAGAAGGGCAAAAUGGUAAAAGGCCAAUGUUGUUUGGAGUGAGGCUAGAAGUUGAAGAAGAAAUAGAAAGGAAGAGAAAAAGAGUUAGAGUUGAAUGAAAUUGCUAGUCUUUUUCUCUCUCAAACUAUGCAAAUAAAAAUAGGAAAAGAAGACAUAUAUUAUCGUACUAUUGAAUAGAGUUAUUCG